GUUUACUGCUGCAUUGCCUUUCUCUCUUUUCUUUCUCUUCACUUCUUGACUUGGCUUUUCUCUUCUCGUGACUUCGUUUCUCUUACUCCUUAUCAUUCAAUCCAACUGUAUAUCCCUCUUUCACUUUCAUUUUGUUUACCUUUAUCUUCCUCCCCCCCGCUAUACUUCCGAGGCAGACAAGCUGUCCAUUCUAGUCCGAUAAUCCGAUUACGUCGCAGCUGAUCUGUCCUGAUUUUCGUCCUCUCCGACUCUACCUCCUGGAAUACAGCUCACGCUUGUUUCUCUCAAAAUGCUGCUUCCGCGGCUUUCGACCCUCCUGGGCCUGGCCGGUCUGGCCUCCAUCCCAGCGGCCUCCGCCUACGACGGCGACGACAACAUCAAGAGCAUUCCGCUCCGCACUCACAGUCUCUCUCCGCCCUACCUGGAUUCAGACUUCCAAAGCCGCUGGUUCGAUUUUGGUGGUGACACGGUAAUCCGCGCCGACAAAUAUGUUCGUCUCACGGCCGAUCGUCCGUCGCAACAGGGGUGGAUUUUCUCGCGCGUCCCGCUCACCGCGACCAAUUGGGAGAUCGAGGUCGAGUUCAAUAUCCAUGGCGAGGGAAAUCUGCACGGUGACGGGUUUGCCAUGUGGCUCACCAAGCAGCGCGCGACGCAGGGCCCCGUCUUUGGGUCCGCGGAUAACUUUGAAGGUCUGGGUAUCUUCUUCGACACGUACAAGAAUAACCGCCCCGGCACGUCCUUCCCCUACGUAAUGGCCAUGAUGGGCGAUGGCAAGUCGAGCUACGACCAGGCGCACGAUGGCAAGUCCAACGAGCUGGCUGGGUGUUCCGCCCGUGGUCUGCGCGGCGCCUCCGUCCCCACCAAAGCGCGCCUCACCUACUUCCAGGACAAGUCCCUCACGCUCGACCUGCAGUACAAGGCCGAAAACACCUGGACCAACUGCUUCACGCUGACCGCGCCCGAAACCAACAUCGCCAUCCCCUCCGUCGCCUACCUGGGCUUCUCCGGCGAGACCGGCGAGCUCAGCGACAACCACGACAUCAUCUCCGUCAAGUCGCAGAACCUAUACAGCCUCGGCGGCGGCAGCGCGGGCUCCAGCCGCGGUUCGUCAUCCUCCUCGGGGAAGAGUGACCGCAGCAAGAGCAGCAGCAAGUCAACCAAGUCGGCUAGCAGUGGCGGUACCUGGGCUGGAUUCUUCUUCAAGACUAUCUUGGUGCUCUUCGCUAUUGCUGGUGCUUAUGUGGGCUUCACUAUCUGGCGGUCUAAGCAGAGAUAUUCCCGGUUUUGAGCGGUGAAGUGAUGGGAUAGUUGAGUGCGGGAUGAUGAAUAUAUACCACCAAAAAAGAAAACAGAAAACAGACAAGCGUCUCUGUCCAUCUUAUCUAUCUAUCAUUCUUCUUUUUUUACCUUGUUCGUUGAUAUUCCAUUUGCGUUGUUGCAUAGCUGUGUUUGAUUGCGUAUUGGGCUGUUUAAAAUAGUCUUAUCCGUUGGCUCUGUGAUGCCCGGUGGACUUUCUAAAGGGGACAAUGAGGAAGCAGUAUAUAAUUCGGUUGGAGAUAACCUGUGUUCA